AUGGCAGAUGUCGAUACGAAUGAGAAGCGGGACGAGUCCUCUAACGAAAGAUCAGCGCGGUCCAGCAACGCGGAGCCGGUCAUCACCAUUCUAGACUGCUUCCGACUGGUCUUCGGUCUGCUCCUGCUGAACUCACUGCUAUCCUACUUCGUGACUGGAGACAGCUACUCGUGGAACUACCACCCAUGGUGGCUUCGUCCGAAAGCACUCGCAGCCAAAUUGAGAUCUCCCGUCGUCCUGACUGAUGCACAACUGCUCAAAUACGAUGGUCGAGAUCCUUCACUACCUGUCUACCUCGCACUGAACAGCACCAUCUACGAUGUGACGGCCGGGCGUCUUGUCUACGGCCCGGGAGGACCUUACUCCUUCUUUGCAGGAAGAGAUGCUACGAGAGGAUUCAUCACGGGUUGCUUCGCAGACGACAAUAUCCCGGACUACCGCGGCGCCGAAUGGACGUUUAUCCCCGUAGACGUCCCGCGAUACGAAGAGAUGGCAGAUGAGGCAAUGGAAGAAAAGCAGAAGGCAUACAGGCGGGAGAUGAUAGAGAAGGGCAAAGAAGGCGUGGACGAGACAAUACGGCACUGGGCGAAGAUGUUCAGAGGAGAGACAGGUAAAGACUACUUUGAGGUGGGCUAUGUCAAGAGGAAUCGGCAAUUGAUGCUGCAGAGGCCUGUACCGACGUUGUGUCAGCCGGCGGAGAGCAAGAGGCCGAAGAAGAGUCAACAGAAUGUACAGAUUGAGGGCGCGGCGCAGGCGGCGAAUGCUGGAAAGAAAGAGUUGUGA